CACUCGCUCUCUUUCAAAUUUUCUCCGAUUACUGCGACGGCGAGAAAAUGGGUGUGCUUCAGGAGUUCAAGAAAGCAGAGAAAAUGACGAUGAGCUUGCUCCGUAUUGCUAUCUUCAACAUCAGUUACAACAGAGGCCUCUUUCCUGCCAAGUAUUUCAUCGAUAAAUCGGUUCCUGAUAUGCAGAUUAAGAAGUUAAUGCCUAUGGAUUCUGAAUCCCGCGAGUUAAUUGACUUGAUGGAUAAAGGAGUCUACGAUGCCCUUCACAGGAAAUAUCUGGAGAAGCUCGUGUUCUGUAUAUGUGAAACAGUAGAUGGUCCCAUCAUUGACGAGUACACUUUUUCUUUCAGCUAUUCUGAUUCUUGCAGCCAACAUGUCAUGAUGAAUAUCAAUCGUACUGGAGAUAACAUACAUCAAGGAGCAUUUACCUCCACUGCUGACUCUACCCGAUAUCAAGUGAAGGUCGCAGCUUGCAAAUUGGUUCGUACACUUGUUCAAAUGAUGGAAACUCUCGGCAAAAUCCCAGAAAAGCGGACCAUAGUGAUGAAGCUUCUGUACUACGAUGUUCCGAUGAUCCACCAACACUUCACUGGCAUGGGGAAGCGCCGUCGUAAACGGAACAUACUACAUGAUUCAGAUUUAUCUGACGACUCGGAAGAUUUCGAUUUGGAUAAUAAAGAUGGUAAAGACGACCAGAUACCCUCACCGAGAAGGUCUGUAACUCGUGCUAACCUCUCCUCUGAAUUGAGAACUGAGUUGGACGCAAAAGGAAAAGCUUCUAUUACCCUUGAGGAUGCAAAAACUUGUCUUGAUCCAGAAAGAGCUGACUUAAUGAUUUCAGCGGAAAGGGUAGGUGACGAUUUUACCCUAACGGCUAAUCAUGGAAUGAUGCAUCUGUUAUGGCCUCUGAAGAAGGGAACCUAUGCUUCGUUUGUGUCAACUUCCGACAGAAUAUUUAGUGUUUCCGGGUGGAUACGUAAUCAGUUUAAUCAUCAUCUCUGCUGGGAUUUUUCACUAUGUGAUUUGAUCAGCAUCACAGCCGUUCUCCGUGGUCAAAUGGCUGAGUAUAAGCCUCUUGUAUGUGUGCCAAGAGGCAGAUAAACAAACUUACAAUCAGACAUGAAUCU